GACCAUAUGGUCGUAGUUUGCUGAAGUGUCACCUCUCACCUCAACACCGUGGCGCAUGGAAACACUUGGGGACGCGUCAAAGCGCAAUUUGGCACCAGCCACCAGGGCCCGGAUAAAUAGAAGGUUCCUGCUUACAGUCCCACAACCUCGUUGGAUUUUACGCAGUACUGACCACUACAAGGAACAAUGGAGACUCCUGCCGCCGCCAGUGGAUUACCUUCAGACAAUGUUAGCCAACAGUCCGAUAUGUGGAGACCAUGGACUGGGAAAGAGGAGACAACUGACGUGGAUAAAGAUCACACUAUGCAUGGAGGCCUUUCUGAUGCGAAGCACCCCAAAGCUCCUCACUUCGUGCAUCCAGUAAAGCUGCUUUGGCCGAAAUCGAGGUGUUUCGACUAUCUGUACCGAGAGGCAGAAUUGCUCCUACGCAACUAUCCGGUCCAAGCGACCAUCUGCCCUUAUCAAGACUCCGGCAGCGAAGCAGACAGCGAUGAUGAAGAGGAGGAGGUGGAAAAGGAGCACAACUAAAUGCCGUCUUUUUAAGACA